UUAUUAACCAAAGCGGGUAUUGAUAAAAAACGAAAAAAAAAAAAAAACAAAGCGGGUUUUGUUAAACCCUUCUUCUUCAACUGAAUAUAUAUAAAACCUAGGUGUUACAGGUGCGCGGCGAAAUUCUGAACAUACAGGGAAGAAGCAGCACACACUCAUUAUACACACACACACCGUGACAUAUACACAUGUAGAUAUUUAUCUUCAAACCUUCUGAAGUCCACACUUGCCAAUGGCGACAUCGUCGGACGCUCAUGCCGUCAAGUCUCUCAACCAAAGUUUCGGCCGCAGGCGCUUUGUUUUCAAGACAUUAUCGCAGAAGAUUGAAGAAAUUGAAAUUGAUGUCUUUCGAAGUCUUGAUCCUCUAAAAGCUGACCCCUCUAAAGGCUCCUCGUUUUUUCGCGACUGCCUUGUUCAAUGGAGGGAAUUGAAUACGGCAGAGGAUUUUAUUUCGUUUUAUGAGGAAAUAAUGCCUUCUGUACAAACAUUACCGCAAGUGAUAUUGCACAAGGAAUUGAUUAUCUCAAAGCUUCUUUCUAGAUUGCAGCUGAAAGGAAGAUUGUCGCUUGAGCCCAUACUCAGGUUGAUUCCAGCAUUAUCUAGAGAUCUCCUGGAGGAUUUCAUCCCCUUUCUGCAGGAGAUUGCCAAUUCUUUCGUAUGUCUUCUCAAAAGUGGUGCUGAUAGGGAACCAGAAAUAAUCGAGCAGGUUUUUACAUCAUGGUCCUAUAUUAUGAUGUAUUUGCAGAAAUAUCUUGUACGAGACAUCGUUUUUGUUCUCAAAGUUACAGCAAGGCUAAGAUACUACCCCAAAGAAUAUGUCCAAGAAUUUAUGGCAGAGGCAGUGUCAUUCUUGUUAAGGAAUGCACCAGUAAAGCAGCUUAUAAAAGGUAUUAGAAAAGUCAUGUUUGAAGUUGUGAAGAAACCAAUUGAGAUGAGAAAGUCUGGUGUCAGUGCUCUAUUAUGGUAUGUUAUGAGAGGAACUUCGUCACGGUUGCAUUCAAGAGCAGAGCAAGUGCUUCGGUUAUUGAUGGACAAGUCAAUAUUUAGUAUUGGCGAUAAAUUCGCCCAAGGUUCAGACACCGUUCUUGAAGUUGUGAUUUCUGCCUUCAAAAGUUUGUGUGAGGAGUUAGAGCCUACAGAAUUAAGUUUGAUGUGGAUUUGCUUAUACGAGGAAAUUACUCAUCAUGUAACUAAUGGUUGCAAUUUGCACCUCAGUCACCUGUUGUCCCUGCUUAUUUCUACCGUACAAAAUGAUUAUGUUCGGAAAAUUUGUGAUUUACAGCCGAUGCUUCAGCUUGUCGGUUUACUUGUCCGGACAUUCAUCAUGCCUUCUAGAAUGGUGGAGGCAGAGGACCAACCAUCUGAAGUUGUUGACAAGGUUCUGCAGUUAAUUGUUCACAUUGCUGAUAAUAAGUCAGAUCUCUCCAGUGUUUCAUUUCAAUGGGCUCCGGUGUUCGAGUUGAGGAAUUCGAGUUUGCUGACUUUUAUUAAGCAACUGCUACUGAAGGACCCUUUCAUACUCCAUCCAUUUAGAAUUAAUAUUAUAAGUGCACUGAGUGAUCUCAUUGAGAAGUCAGAGGAAGAAGUUAUAUAUUUGAUUCUUAUUUUCUGCGAGGGAUUGCAAAUUAAAUUGCAAAGCUCUGGCUUCUUAGAUGGCACAUCUAAAGAGGCAGUUUCAAGGAUUUGCCGUUUCUUGCAUGAGAGUAUUAACUAUUGGAUUGGGUUGAUCAAUGAUAUUGUACAUGGGGAUCAAUCAUCUAUUCAGCUUCAGGAGACAAAGUUGGCUAUGCUUUGGGGAGUCAUUAGCUGCUACCCUUAUGUGGUAGACGUCCAGGAAAAUCCAUACUUAUUAUUGAACUUGGUAGAUGCAAUUGAUCGGCUUCUGAUGACUGAAUCUGACAAUGUUGCAGGGAUUCAUAAGCACACCUGGCAAAGUCUAAUUGGUGCUGCUUUGACUUCCUUCCAUAAAUUACAUUUUGCUAACAAAACUGGACAUGAGGAAGUUGGCAAAUAUUUGGAUCUUGCAAAAAGAUACAAGUCAUCUUCACAAAUAUUGACUACUGUAGCUGAUUUUUUGGAUUCCUUGGACUGGUCUCAAGCUGACACCAGACAUAAGGCAUUUCAUCCAGAGCUUAAAGCGGAGAAGACUACGGAAUCACUAAACAUAUUCGCCGAAAAUUUGUGCCAUUCAGACAAAGGGAUCCGUCUUUCCACCCUAAGAGUAUUGUGCCAUUAUGAGACUCUGAAUUCUGAAUAUUUUGCAAAGGAUCAGCCUGUUGAGAAGAAAAUGGGAACUGAAGUUUUAGAAACUUGCCUUGCUGACAACCAGGGCAGUAAUGUUCUUCAGCUCUUCCUUUCGAUUGAAGCAACUCCUUUAUCAGUUACUACCAGCAGGAGAGUUAUCCUAUUGAUCUCUAGAAUACAGAUGGACCUCUCUUCUGCAAGGAUAUCUGAAAUAUAUUUACCGUCUGUACUAAAUGGGAUUAUUGGAAUCUUACAUAAUCGAUUUAGCUAUCUAUGGAAUCCAGCCUUAGAAUGCCUUGCGGUCCUGGUUAGCAAGUAUUUUGGACUUGUAUGGGACAGAUAUGUUCAGUAUCUUGAACAGUGCGAGUCCAUCUUUCUGACAGUUCAUAAUCAGUCUGACAGGGGCAAUACUGAAUCAUUUAACAGGCCCGGUGAUUUGGUUAAACGUUUCAAUUCGUUUGUUACUCCUGCACCUGAUAGCACUCCAUGCAUCACAGUUUUGUCCUUGUUGAUUCAGUCUUUGCAAAAAGUUCCAACAAUUGCAGAGUCCCACUCUAGGCAGAUUAUACCUUUGUUCUUGAAGUUUUUGGGCUACCAUAGUGAUGAUAUCUUGAGUGUGAUAUCGUACAACUCAGAGGCUUGUAAAGGAAAAGAAUGGAAGAGUGUCCUUACAGAAUGGUUAAACUUGUUGAAAUUGAUGCGAAAUCCCAAGUCUUUCUAUCAGAGUCAGUUUCUUAAAGAAGUUCUGCAAUAUAGGCUUCUUGAUGAAAAUGACGCUGAAAUACAGAUGAAAGUUCUUGAUUGCUUGUUGAAUUGGAAAGACGAUUUCUUACUUCCAUAUGAUCUGCAUCUUAAAAACCUAAUCAGUUCAAAGAACAUGAGGGAGGAACUCACAACAUGGACUCUAUCAAAAGAAUCUAAUCUUAUUGAAGCAGGGCAUAGAACUAGUCUUGUGCCUUUAAUUGUCCGAAUUCUGAUACCAAAAGUAAGAAACUUGAAGACGCUUGCCUCUCGGAAGCAUGCAAGUGUGCAUCACCGAAAGGCAGUUAUUGGGUUCUUGGCUCAACUUGAUGUUGAGGAGCUACCUCUUUUCUUUACUUUGUUAGUAAAGCCCCUUCUCAAUGUUCCACAAGGAGCUGAUGGGAUCACUAAUUGGUUUUGGAGUUCACCUGAAAGUUGUAAGGGCGGAUUUGAAUCAUUUAGCGUUUUGAAGUUUUUCACCAUUGAAAACAUAGCAGCCCUUUCUUUGAAGAAGAGAUAUGGUUUUCUGCAUGUAGUUGAAGAUAUUCUUGGAGUUUUUGAUGAACUGCGUAUUACACCUUUCCUUGAUCUGUUAAUCGGAUGUGUUGUACGAGUAUUACAGAGUUGUACAUCAAGUCUUGAAUGUGCGAGGAGGAAUACUGGGUCAUCUUUGGGGGGAAAUGAGAAAGACAGUGGAGAAGAAAAUCAGAUCCUGACUGGCAUAGCUUUGAAGCAGUUUAAGGAUUUGAGAUCUUUAUGCCUGAAGAUCAUUUCUUUGGUUCUCAACAAAUAUGAUGAUCAUGACUUCAGUUGUGAAUUUUGGGAGCUUUUCUUUACAUCUGUGAAGCCUUUAGUUGAUGGCUUCAAGCAAGAAGGUGCUAGUAGUGAGAGGCCAAGUUCACUGUUCUCUUGUUUUCUUGCUAUGAGUAGAAGCUACAAACUUGUGUCAUUAUUGGAUAGGGAAAGGAAACUCGUUCAUGAUAUCUUCUCGAUUCUUACUGUUACUACGGCAUCUGGAGCUAUUGUAUCAUGCGUUCUUAAGUUUAUUGAGAACCUACUGGAACUUGACAGUGAGCUUGAUACCGAAAACAAUAUCGUCAGAGGAAUAGUACUUCUUAACCUUGACACACUUGUCUGCAGCUUGCAUUGUCUCUUCAAGUGUGAUAAUGUGAAAAAGAGGAAAUUGGUCAAAUGUCCUGGGGAAAGAGAGCUUAGUAUUUUUAAACUAUUAUCGAAGUAUAUAGGUGAUCCUUCGGCAGCUACGAAGUUUGUUGAUAUCUUACUCCCGUUUUUAGCAAAGAGAGCUCAAAAUUCUGAGGCACAGGCGGAAGUUUUGCAGGUCAUUCGAAAUAUAGUACCAGUAUUAGGGAAUGAAAAUACUGCAAAAAUUGUGAAUGCUGUUUCUCCACUUCUUAUUUCUGCUGGUCUGGAUGUCCGGGUGUCUAUUUGUGAUCUUCUUGACACUCUUGGUGAAAAUGAUACUUCUUUACUCCCUGUGGCAAAAAUUGUUCGGGAAUUGAAUUCAACAUCUGUUAUCGAGAUGGGUGAACUUGAUUAUGACACUAUUGUCAGUGCUUAUGGAAAGAUCAACAAAGAUUUCUUCUACACUGUCCAAGAGAAGCAAGCAUUGCUCAUUCUGUCACAUUCUGUGCAUGACAUGUCUUCUGAUGAAUUGAUUUUGAGGCACAGUGCCUAUAGGUUAUUGCUUACGUUUGUUGAAUUCUCUGCUGGAAUUCUUGAUCUAGAAGUGAAGUCCGAUGAAGGUUAUUGGUCUGGAGCACGCAUUCAGUGCAUAAUAAACAACUUCUUUCUAAAACAUAUUGGGGAUGCAGUAAACAAAGUAGCUUCUGUUCAAAAGGUAUGGAUUGAUUUACUGCGAGAAAUGGUGUUGAAGCUUCCAAAGGUGCAGAACCUUAAUUCAUUUAGGGCUCUGUGCAGUGAUGAUGCAGAACAGGAUUUCUUUAACAAUAUUAUUCACUUACAGAAGCACAGAAGAGCCAAGGCACUGUCACGCUUUAGGAAUCUUGCCCAUACAGGCAAUUUGUCAGAGGUUAUUACAAAUAAAAUAUUCGUCCCACUCUUUUUUAGUAUGUUAUUUGAUGUACAAGAUGGAAAGGGAGAACAUGUCAGAGGUGCAUGUUCGGAGGCUCUUGCAUCCAUUUCCGCUCACAUGGAGUGGAAGUCAUACUAUGUGUUAUUGGACAGAUGCUUCCGAGAGAUGACUCUGAAACCAGACAAGCAAAAAGUCUUAUUGCGACUAAUCUGCUCCAUUUUGGACCAUUUCCAUUUCUUGGAUACUCAUUCCGGUCAAGAAGUCAAAGAGUCUGCAGGGGAUGUUUCAAAACCUGGCAUGAUUGAAACUUCUUCCUUGACUUUGUUGCCCAAAUGUACUAGCUCUGCUAAAGUUUCUGAGAUACAGACGAGCCUAAAGAAUAUCUUUCUGCCCAAGAUACAGAAAUUGUUGACAUCUGAUUCUGAUAAUGUCAAUGUCAACAUCAGUUUAGUCGCACUCAAACUCCUAAAACUGCUUCCUGGUGACAUCAUGGAUUCACAGCUUCCUAGUAUUAUCCAUCGCAUUUCAAACUUCCUAAAGGGUCGUCUGGAAAGCACUCGUGAUGAAGCUAGGUCUGCUUUGGCUGCCUGUUUGAAGGAGUUAGGGCUGGAGUACUUGCAGUUCAUUGUCAAAGUCUUGAGAGCCACCUUGAAGAGAGGAUAUGAGCUGCAUGUGUUAGGUUAUACUCUCAAUUUCAUUUUAUCGAAGUGCCUUUUGAAUCCCAUCAGCGGAAAGUUGGAUUAUUGCUUAGUUGAUCUUCUUUCAGUGGUCGAGAGUGAUAUUAUGGGAGAUGUUUCUGAGGAAAAAGAGGUGGAAAAGAUUGCUUCAAAAAUGAAAGAAACCAGAAAACAUAAGUCCUUUGAAACUCUUAAAUUGAUUGCCCAAAGUGUCACAUUUAAAACCCAUGCCGUGAAGCUGCUUUCACCUGUUACUGCUCAUCUGCAGAAGCAUUUGACUCCAAAAUUGAAAUCAAAAUUGGAAGCUAUGUUAAAUCAUAUAGCUGCCGGUAUUGAAUGCAAUCCAUCUGUAUGUCAGACUGAUCUCUUUAUUUUUACGUAUGGCCUCAUUGAAGAUGGCAUUACUGAUGAAAAUCCGGAGCCUGAAAAUUUCUCCAAUACGAAGGCAGAUAAACACUGUUCAAAUAUGGUGAGGAACAAAAUAGUAACCUCAGGCAGGGUCAUUGGCAAAGACUCACAAUGUUCACAUCUUAUUACGGUCUUUGCUCUUGGGGUAUUGCACAAUCGUGCGAAGAAUAUGAAACUUCAGAAGAAGGAUGAACAACUUUUAUCGAUGUUGGACCCUUUUGUUAAGUUGCUGGGUGAUUGCUUGAGUUCCAAGUACGAAGAUGUUAUAUCUUCAGCGCUUAGGUGCUUUACUUCUUUGGUGAGGCUUCCUUUGCCAUCUCUUGAAUACCAUGCUGACAAGAUAAAGACAUCGCUACUGGUGCUUGCUCAUGGUUCAGCAAAUGCUAGCAGUCCUCUAAUGCAAUCAUGUCUAACAUUGUUAACAGCACUUCUGAGGAACACUAGGAUUACCCUUUCCACAGAUCAAUUGCACAUGUUGAUACAAUUUCCACUUUUUGUUGAUCUUGAAAGAAAUCCCUCAUUUGUUGCGCUGUCACUUUUAAAGGCUAUUGUGAAGCGCAAACUAGUAGUCCACGAGAUAUAUGAUGUUGUUACUCGGGUUGCAGAGUUGAUGGUAACAAGUCAAGUAGAACCAAUUCGCAGGAAAUGCAGUCAAAUUUUCUUACAAUUCUUACUUGAUUAUCAUCUCUCGGGGAAACGCUUGCAAGAACAUCUUGAUUUCCUGCUUGCAAAUCUAAGCUAUGAGCAUUCAACUGGAAGAGAAGCUGUGCUUGAAAUGCUUCAUGCAAUUAUAAUGAAGCUUUCAAUAAACGUUGUGGAUGAGCAGUCCCAGUCAAUAUUUACGAUUUUGGUGCUUUGCUUGGCUAAUGAUCAUGACAACAAAGUACGAUCCAUGACCGGUGCAGCUAUAAAGCUUCUGAUUCGACGUGUGAGUCCGAAUUCACUUAAUACCAUUUUCGAGUGCAGUCGCUCUUGGUAUAUUCAUGGAGAGCAGCAUUUGUGGAGUGCUGCUGCUCAGGUAUUGGGAUUACUGGUGGAAGCCAUGAAGAAUGGGUUUCAAAGACGUAUCAAUGAUGUAUUGCCAAAGACGAGAAGCAUUCUGAGGGAAGCUGUUAAUGUUCUUACAAAGGGGCAGCUAGAUCUUUCUAGCGAAGCAACAGUUCCCUUUUGGAAGGAAGCAUAUUAUUCGCUAGUUAUGUUUGAAAAGAUACUACAACAGUUCCAUGAGAUGUGCUUGGAAAAGGAUCUCGAGGGUAUAUGGGAAGCAAUCUGUGAGUUCUUGUUACAUCCGCACAUGUGGUUACGCAACAUAUCAAACCGCCUUGUGGCUGUAUACUUCGCCACAGUAACCGAGGCUCACAGACAAAAACAUGAAAAACCACUAGGAUCAUUUUUGCUGAUGAGACCGAGUAGACUUUAUCUUAAUGCUGUUUAUUUCUGCUGUCAACUGAAGGCUCGAGUCACUGAUAAUAUGACCUGCAACCUAAUUACACAAAAUCUUGUGUUUGUUAUCUGUGCUGUGCAUUCCUUGAUGGUAAAAAACGAAUGCAUAGAUCCUAAAGGGUUUUGGUCCAAGCUUGAACAUGAUGAACAAGGCCUUUUUCUGAAAGCUUUUCAGUUGCUUGAUUCAAGAAAAGGGAGAAGCAUGUUGGCAUCUCUUACAUCUGGUGUUGAUGAUCAAAAUGAUGUGGAGAAUAUUGAGCAUCGUCAAUAUUUCCUUGUCUCUUAUUUGCUUAAGAGAAUGGGAAAAAUUGCCCUUCAGGGAGAGGCUAUGCAGAUGAAGAUUGUUUUUGAUAGUUUCAGAUCAGUUUCAUCAAGAAUUAUUGACCUAAAAGGAGAAUCACAAACUUGUGACAAUGAGAGCCGACAUUAUGCAUACCAAAUGCUGCUACCUUUGUACAAAGUUUGUGAAGGAUUUGCUGGAAAAGUUAUUCCAGAUGAUGUGAAGCAAUUAGCACAAGAGGUUUGCGAAAGUAUAAAAAAGACAAUGGGAAUGCAUAAUUUUGUACAAGUUUACAGUGAGAUCAGGAAGACCCUCAAGGCAAAGAGAGAUAAGAGGAAACAAGAGCAAAAGGUCAUGGCUGUGAUCAAUCCAAUGCGACAUGCCAAGAGGAAGUUGAGAAUUGCAGCCAAGCAUCAAGCCAACAAGAAAAGGAAGAUAAUGACAAUGAAGAUGGGGAGAUGGAUGCAGUAAAAAUCAAGAGAUGCAAAUAGUUCCAAAUGGGUUCCACCCACCCUUUUCCUGAAGAAAGGAAAACAAUGCCUUUUCUUGGCGGAGUGUUCUGCUAUGAUCAUCAACUGCCCAAGGCCCUUACGUCGUUCUGUCUCCAUAUUUUGGGAUGCCUUCUCUGAAGCAAGUCUCCAAAUGUUGCUCUUCCUCUAGCAGCAGCGCAAGAAUUGAUGUGAAGCACAGUUGGCUGAUUGGAAACCGGCGUACAAGACAUCGUGUGAGGCUGAAGGAGAUACCAACAUUCUCAAAGAUUACAUGGUGAAUGUGACCCAGGGAGUAAAUUUAAUUCCUAGUGUAAUGUAAAUUGCGAGAAAUGUAAUAUAGACCUUCAUACUUCAAUUGUUUAAAAAUCAAUUUUCGUAAUCGAUCUAUCUUGUGAUAUAAUAGAGGUUUCUUCAAGCAUCUCUCCAAUAACGUUCAACAAAAGACUUCCCUUCACUUUUAAUACUUUGUUAUCUGAUCUGUGCCAUCAACUAAUUGUAUCAUGUCACAUUAGUAAAAGUGUUUUAUUUUAGUGAGUCC